AAUCACCCAUUAACCAUUAACCCCACCCCACCCCACCUCAAUAUCCUCCCAACACCCGCGUCUUCUCCAACCCAACUUUCUCUCUCCUCACUUUCUCUCUCUACAUUUUUUUUGGCUUCAUCUCUACUUUCUCUCUCUAUCUUGCCAAUGUCGCACUUCCUCUUUCUCUCUCUUCAAUAUCUCAAAUAUUAGUUCCUGUAAAUGCUACUUACUUCUCUUUCUCUCUCUUCGAUCUGGUUGUAAAACGGGAGCUGACAGAUGUUGAAACUUAGUCUAAAAUGAGCCAGACUGAAGUAUCUAGAGCAAAUUCUCCUCUUGUUCCGCUUGGGACACUGAUCGGUCGUGAACUUAGGUCCGAGAAGGUUGAGAAACCGAUAAUUAGGUAUGGACAAGCGGCUUUAGCCAAGAAAGGGGAGGAUUAUUUUCUUGUAAAGACAAACUGCCAGAGAAUUCCUGGGAAUCCUUCUACGUCUUUUUCGGUUUUUGCGAUAUUUGAUGGUCACAAUGGCAUAUCAGCUGCUAUAUUUGCUAAGGAUCACCUGUUGAACAAUGUUCUGAGUGCCGUUCCUGAAGGUGCUAGUAGGGAAGAGUGGCUUCAGGCACUUCCUCGUGCCCUGGUCGCUGGGUUUGUCAAAACUGAUAUUGAGUUCCAGCAGAAAGGUGAAAGUUCAGGGACGACAGUUACUUUUGUCGUGGUAGAUGGGUGGACUGUGACUGUUGCAUCUGUUGGGGAUUCCAGAUGCAUACUAGACACACAAGGCGGUGUUGUUUCUGACUUGACUGUGGAUCAUCGCUUGGAAGAAAAUGAAGAAGAGAGGGCACGUGUGACAGCUAGUGGGGGUGAAGUUGGAAGGCUUAAUGUCUUUGGGGGCAAUGAGGUUGGUCCACUCCGCUGUUGGCCUGGAGGAUUGUGCCUUUCUAGAUCAAUUGGUGAUACGGAUGUAGGAGAGUUUAUUGUCCCUGUACCACAUGUUAAACAAGUGAAACUCUCUGAUGCUGGAGGAAGGCUUAUUAUUGCUUCUGAUGGUAUCUGGGAUGCUUUAUCGUCUGAUGCUGCUGCAAAAGCUUGUCGAGGCCUUCCAGCUGACCUUGCCGCAAAGCUGGUUGUUAAGGAAGCUUUAAGGUCAAGAGGUCUGAAGGAUGAUACAACCUGCGUAGUUGUUGACAUUAUUCCCUCUGUGCACCCCGUCUUGCCCCCAACACCACAAAAGAAGCAUCAUGGACUGAGUGGACUGCUGUUUGGAAAGAAAUCUCAUAAUUUAGCAAGCAAAUCAUCUAAGCUUUCUGCCGUGGGAGCUGUGGAGGAGUUGUUUGAAGAGGGGUCUGCUAUGCUUGCAGAAAGGCUUGGGAAGGAUUUUCCCAUGAACCCUGAUUCUGGCAUUUUUAGAUGUGCAAUCUGUCAAGUAGAUCAUCCCGCAAAUGAAGGUCUAUCUCUUAAUUCUGGGACUUUCUUUUCUCCUUCAUCAAAGCCCUGGGAGGGACCCUUUCUUUGUGCCAACUGCCGUAGGAAGAAAGAUGCCAUGGAAGGAAAGAGGCCAAUCAAGCCUACAAUUUCAAUCUAACAAUUUAUCUGUCCAUGCAGAAUUGCCAGUAAUUCACUUUGAGACGUGGAGACUGAUAACUCUGCUCCUACUUUUAAGCUCCGUUCCAUGCUUUGAUGACCCGUCCAACUCUAGUGUUGUUGAUAUAACUAUAAACAAAUUUUUAAUGAUACAACUCGAGCCAUCUGAUUCAUGACCGUUCACUCGUACAUGAUGUAUAAAUGAACUGAGGUGAUGAAUUUAGGGGAUGAUGGAAAGAUCAAGUGGAGCGGAUGAAUGCAGUUUUUUUUUUUUGUUUUUCCAAUCCAUAUAAGAUCAUUGUACUCUAAUAUGAAAAUAGUUCUUUCCGCUACCGUCUGUCUGCUCUUGAGGUAAGAAGAAAUGCUAGAUGAUACGGAGUAGCCAUUUCUCCGUCCAUCUUACUUCAAACAACUACACUUUCUAUUAAAUAAUAUUUCAACUAUGGCUAUGUAGCCUAUGUUUAAUUUA